AUGGUACUGAAGAUUGAGGAGCUGAUUCGUGCAGUGCAGGAGGUCCCUCAGGGACAGGUAGUUCCAUAUGCUACACCUCUAGCAGCGGAGCAGGUUCAGGCUACUAGUAGGGUCUAUGUAAUAGUCCCUCGUGAUCAUGGAGCGAGCGGGUCCAUAGUGGAGGAGAUGGAGCACGAGCAGCAUCUACGUUUGGCUUUGCAGACCUUGCAUGAACAUCAGCUAUAUGCUAACUUUAGCAAGUGCGAGUUAUGGAUUUCUAAGGUCAGGUUUCUUGGCCAUAUUGUUAGCAGAGAGGGCAUAGUGGAAGUUCAUUUAGGACAUCUUGAAGAUUACAAUGCCACUCACACGCCUUACGAAGAAGGGUGUACACAGUUCACUUGGAGCAUGGAAUGCCAGGAGGCCUUUGAUACCUUGAUGGUUAAGUUGACUACGGUGCCGUUUCUUACCAUUCCGAGCAGUGACAGGACAUUUGUUGUGUACACGAAUGCGUCGUUAGAAGGUUUGGGAGGUGUUCUGAUGCAGACUCAGAGAGUAGUAGCAUACAUCUCAUGA